UGAGAAAUACACCAUUUUGCAGAAGAACAAGAAGAAGAAGAAGCAGAAGCAGAGCAAAAAUGGCGUCUUUGGCUCAGCAGUUCACGGGCCUGAGAUGCACGCCGCUCUCCCACUCAGGCCGCCUCUCGAAGCCUCUCGCCGUCCGGCAGAAUCCCCCCAGCCCCAACUCCAGGAGGCGAUUCGCGGUGGUCUCCGCCGUGGCCAUCUCGAACGCGCAGACGAGGGAGCGCCUGGAGCUGAAGAAGCUCUUCGAGGACGCCUACGAGCGGUGCCGGACCGCUCCCUCGGACGGCCUCUCCUUCACCGUCGACGACUUCACUGCCGCCCUCGACAAGUACGACUUCAACUCCGAGCUCGGGACUAAGGUCAAGGGGACGGUUUUCUGUGUUGAUGCGAACGGUGCGUUAGUUGAUAUAACGGCAAAAUCUUCGGCGUACUUGCCGGUCCAGGAGGCGUGCAUCUAUAGGAUAAAGCAUGUGGAAGAGGCCGGCAUAGUCCCCGGGCUCAAAGGGGAGUUUGUGAUUAUUGGUGAGAAUGAAGCCGAUGAUAGCUUGAUCUUGAGCUUAAAGACGAUACAGUUGGAACUUGCUUGGGAAAGGUGCAGGCAGCUCCAGGCUGAGGAUGUAGUGGUCAAGGGAAAGGUUGUUGGUGCGAACAAGGGUGGAGUGGUUGCUCUCGUGGAGGGCCUCCGAGGAUUUGUUCCUUUCUCUCAAGUAUCAUCUAAAUCAACUGCAGAGGAGCUUCUUGAAAAGGAGCUGCCUCUCAAGUUCGUGGAGGUUGACGAGGAACAGUCGAGGCUGGUCCUCAGUAACCGCAAGGCCAUGGCAGAUAGCCAAGCUCAGCUUGGGAUCGGCUCAGUGGUGGUUGGAACAGUCCAGAGUCUCAAGCCAUAUGGUGCUUUUAUCGAUAUUGGUGGGAUCAAUGGGCUUCUUCACGUCAGUCAGAUAAGCCACGAUCGUGUGUCUGAUAUAGCAACAGUUCUUCAACCUGGAGAUACUCUUAAGGUUAUGAUAUUGAGCCAUGACCGAGAGAGAGGCCGAGUGAGUCUUUCAACCAAGAAAUUGGAACCAACUCCUGGGGACAUGAUUCGCAACCCUAAGCUUGUUUUCGAGAAGGCGGAGGAGAUGGCACAGACAUUCAGGCAGAGAAUUGCUCAGGCAGAAGCCAUGGCUCGUGCUGACAUGUUGAGAUUCCAGCCUGAGAGUGGAUUGACUCUCAGCUCCGAUGGGAUAUUGGGUCCUUUGUCGUCGGACAACCUGCCGGCAGAAGGCCUGGACUUGGGCGAUGUUCCCUUGGCUGACGGUUCGUGAUUGGGAUUUUCUUGGCCUCCCGGAGAUAUUUCAUGUCUUUGUAACUGGCUUUUCUUGUAAAAAAAAAUCGACAAGAGAGAAAUCAAACCUAUUUAUUGGCUACUAAAAAAUCAUCGAUGAUUCCACCUUAGCUUA